ACAAAAUAACUUACGAUUCUUGAAAUUCAUUGAAAACAUCAACAAAGUUGAGCGAUUUGAAAGCGUUUUUCUCCUAGAAUCCUCUCAGGAACCAUAUUUCGAUGACAAAUUCAUACAUGACGUUUCAAUUUCACUUGUUAUUCCAGUGAUUUUGGGAACCGAAGUCUCAUCAUAUUACUUAAAGAGAAAAUUUUAUGAAAAUCUUCUUACUAUUGUACAAUAUGAUUCCAGGGGUUUACUUUUUCAGCGACUUGCGGAAUUUCUUCAACACCUUCGAUUUUGUAAGAUAAUUUUUGUUUUAAAAAAUUCAAAGAGAAAUGAUUUGGAACUGAAGAGUGUUUUCGAUUUCUGCUGGCGAAAGAGAAUGGUCAAUGUUGUAGCUGUUUUUCAAGAUUUUGGUAUUUCUUCGGUUUAUUAUAGUUGUAACAUUUUUGGUAUGUUUAAAAUUGAAGAAUUCAUUUGGAACGAUAAAGAUUCGUGUGUUUAUCGAGAUAAAAUGAGGGAUCUUCAAAACUCUACAAUACCAGUUGUUUUUCCAACAGAGCAGCCGGGAAUGAUUAUUUCUGAAAAUGUGAACGGUGGUGAAACGAGAAUUGGCGGUUAUGUGGGAAAUAUUUUCAUGACUUUUGCAAAAAGACACAAUGGAAGAAUGAAUACUUUGAAUGUAAAAGCUUAUUUGACCGAAUACGAUUUGCUAAAUUUUGUUUUAAAUGAAACAAUUGAAAUAUCAGGUGCCGGUAUACUAGUUCAAGAAGAUUUAUUUGAAUGGCAUACGUUCCCAUAUAUUUACUUCGAUUGGGGUGUUAUGCUGCCAGUAGAGCCAAAUAUUCCGAUUUAUAAGGUGUUUGCGUAUGUUUUUUAUUGGGAAGCUUUUGUAAUAAUAAUCGUGAUAUUCAUGUUGAUAUCUGUUUCACUUGAUGCUGCUGCUUAUUUCUUAGGAUCACACCGGAUUUUUGCUGUUCGCGAUGUUUUCUUCAAUAUCGAUUGUUUUCGUGGAAUGUUGGGACAAUCGUUCUUUGAAUCACCAAGAACUUUUUUGACAACAAAAAUUCUCUAUUCACUGAUCUUUUUGUUUGGAAUCAUAAUUAUUACUUCAUACAAUGGUUUUCUUCAGUCCUUCAUGACCGAACCACCAAGAGAAAAAACAAUAGGAUCAUUUGACGACCUACAACAAUAUGAUAUCAAAAUUUUGUCUAAGCAAACAGAUAUUGAGAAUGUAUUAAAAAAACUUAAGCCAGAAUUCAUGAAUAAGUAUUCAAAUAUAUUUCAUAGCGAAAUCAGCUCGCAAAGAUAUUUUAAACUUCGAGAUUCUUUAGACACCAAAUAUGCCUUUCCAGUUAGUGAGAUGACUUGGCAUGUUUUUUAAAAUCAACAAAAUUACCAUGGCAAGAAAUUAUUUCGUUGGUCUGAAGAAUUGAAACACAAUCUAGUGGGCUAAUGGAUUUCUGGAUAAGGAGGGGAUUUUAUGAAUCAAUUGAAGUUGUAAAAACUAAAAACUUAACUUUUGAACUUGAUUCAAAGUCACAACAACUGAAAGUUGAUGAUUUGAAGUGGGUUUGGAUAUCGUUGGCAUUUCUAUUGAUGGUUGCUACUUUAUGUUUUAUUGGAGAAAUUUUUUUA